AUGGCGUACCUUAGAAGAUUCAUCUCAAAUCUAGCAAGGAAGUGCCAACCUUUUAGCCGUCUCAUGAAGAAGGGUGUACCUUUUGAAUGGGACCAAGCUUCCCCUAUACCAGGAAAGCCAUUGAUUCUAUAUGUUGCAGCUCAAGAAAGGUCAGUUGGAGCUCUUUUGGCCCAAGAAAAUAGUGGAAGUAUAGAAAAUUCCCUCUACUACUUGAGUAGGAUGAUGACCCCAAAUGAGCUGAAGUAUUCUCCGAUCGAAAAGUUGUGUCUGGCAUUGGUUUUCCCAAUUCAAAAGCUGAAGCACUAUUUUCAAGCUCAUGUCAUCCAUCAUCCAAUACCUGAUGAUUGGGAGUUGAUUGAUGAACUACCUGAUGAGGAUGCAAUGGUCAUCGAAGUGCAACCGCCAUGGAAAAUGUAUUUUGAUGGUGCAGCAAAUCGUGAAGGAGCUGGUGCAAGUGUUGUGUUUGUCACUUCUCAAGGAGAAGUCUUGCCAUAUUCCUUCAGCUUAACACAACAUUGCAACAACAGUGUUGCAGAAUAUCAAGCACUCAUACUUGGGCUUGAGAUGGCCGUUGAUAUGAGACAACUCCAAUUACAUAUUUUUGGAGACUCUAAGUUAGUGAUCAAUCAAUUCCUAGGUAGCUACGAGGUCAAAAAGCAAGAAUUGUGUCCUUAUCAUGAUCAAAAAUUGAUUGGAUGGCUUGGCAAUGUAACUCUUCAGCAUUUGCCAAGGAAGGAAAAAAAGAAAGCUGAUGCCUUAGCCGCUCUAGCUUUGACAUUGACUCUGCCCGGCCAGACACAAAUCACUAUCUGCCAAAAAUGGAUAGUACCACUGAAUGAGAAUGAGGAUGAAGAAAGCAAGCUCGAGCAUUUGGUAGCCGUCACUGAAGCUGAGAAGGUUGAUUGGCGACAAACCAUGAUCGACUACUUAUGUUAUGGGAUACUUCCAGAAAAUCCAAGGAGAAAGACCGAAAUUCGGGAAGAUGAAGCAACUCAAGUUAUGCAAGAGGCAUACUCUAGAGUUUGUGGAUCACAUCAAUCUGGGCUGAAGCUCCACUUCCACAUUAAGAGGAUGGAUGUUGUUGGACCACUUCCAAAAUCUUCUGAAGGAUAUCUAUACAUCUUGGUUGCAACUGAUUACUUCUCAAAAUGGGCCGAGGUCGUAGCUCUCAAGGAAGUGAAGAAAGAGAAUGUUGCAAACUUCAUUCGAGUGAACAUCAUAUACCGUUUUGGCAUUCCUAAUUAUAUAAUAACAGAUAAUGGCAAACUAUUUGAGAACAAAUUGAUGACCAAGAUCUGUAAACUUUUUGGCUUCAAGCAACGUAAUUCGUCAAUGUAUUAUGAUAUUGCAAAUGGACUAGCCGAAGCAUUUAACAAGACACUUUGCAACUUGUUAAAGAAGGUCGUAUCCAAGUCUAAAAGAGAUUGGCAUGACAGAAUGGAAGAAGCUUUGUGGGCAUAUCGUACGACUCAUCGCACGCCGACACAAACAACUCUUUAUUCUCUUGUUUAUGGAGUCGGAGCAGUUCUUCCUCUUGAGCGUCAAAUACCAUCCUUGCGACUCGCUGUCCAAGAAGGUCUUACUGAAGAAAAAAACACUCGUCUGCGCCUUGAAGAACUAGAGUCCUUUGAUUAA